AUGACUGACGUCACGAUGGAAGUCGACAACCGACAGGCGACUGUGGAGGCGAUCAAGCAUGGCGAGAUCGAUGAGUCGCUGUACAGCAGACAACUGUAUGUGCUCGGCCACGAAGCUAUGAAGCGCAUGGGCUCUUCAAACGUUCUCGUGGUGGGUUUGAAGGGUCUGGGUGUUGAAAUUGCCAAGAACAUUGCUCUCGCCGGUGUCAAGUCCCUUACCCUCCACGACUCCGCUCCCGUUGCUAUCUCCGAUCUUUCCUCCCAAUUCUUCCUCCGCCCCGAAGAUGUCGGCAAGCCCCGCGCCGAAGUUACUGCCCCUCGAGUCGCUGAACUCAACUCUUAUGUCCCGGUGACAAUCCACGAGGGCGGAAGCCUUGUGGCUGACCUAGACCAGCUUAAGCGCUACCAGGCGAUCGUCCUCACUCAGACUCCCUUGAAGGAGCAAUUGGUGAUCGCGGAUUUCUGCCACCAGAAUGGCAUUUACUUGACCAUUACAGAUACUUACGGUCUUUUCGGAUAUUUAUUCAACGAUUUUGGCAAAAACUUUGUUGUCGGUGAUUACAGUGGCGAAGAAGCCGUUGGCGGUAUCGUUGCCGAUAUUUCUGAGGAUGGCUUGGUGUCUGCGCUGGACGAAACCCGUCACGGGCUGGAAGAUGGAGAUUAUGUGACUUUCCUUGAAGUCAAGGGUAUGGAAGGCUUGAAUUCUAGCGACCCUCGCAAGGUUACUGUCAAAGGCCCCUACACUUUCAGCAUCGGUGAUGUUUCCGGCCUCGGAUCUUAUGAGGGUGGCGGCCUCUUCACACAGGUGAAGAUGCCCAAGAUCGUUGACUUCCAGCCCUUGUCGGAGCAGAUUAAGAACCCAGAGCACCUGAUUUCGGACUUUGCCAAGUUCGACCGUCCUCAACAGUUACACAUUGGUGUUCAGGCUCUGCACAAGUUCGCGGAGACCCACGAUCGCCAGAUGCCUCGUCCGCACAAUGACAGUGACGCUCAGGAAGUCCUGAAGAUUGCCACCGAGCUUGCUGCGGCGGGAGAGGAGAAGGUUGAGCUAGAUCAGAAGGUUAUCAAGGAGCUUAGUUACCAGGCUCGUGGUGAUCUUAACCCCUUGGCUGCCUUCUUCGGAGGUAUCGCUGCGCAGGAAAUCCUGAAGGCCGUUUCUGGAAAGUUCAGCCCCGUUAAGCAGUGGAUGUACUUUGACUCCUUGGAGUCCCUUCCUUCUUCAACUGCUCGUUCCGAGGAGAGCUGCAAGCCUAUUGGCAGCCGCUAUGAUGGUCAGAUCGCGGUCUUUGGUAAGGAGUAUCAGGAGAAGCUCUCCAACGUUCGGCAGUUCUUGGUCGGUGCCGGUGCUAUUGGAUGCGAGACUCUGAAAAACUGGGCCAUGAUGGGUCUGGGCACUGGUCCCAGGGGUAAGAUCUAUGUUACCGACAUGGAUCAGAUCGAGAAAAGCAACCUGAACCGUCAGUUCCUUUUCCGCUCCAAAGAUGUUGGUCGCCUUAAGAGUGAAUGUGCUUCUGCUGCGGUCCAAGUCAUGAACCCUGAGCUCAACGAUCACAUUGUGACUCUCCGUGACCGUGUCGGAAACGAUACUGAGCACAUCUUCAACGAGGAGUUCUGGAACGGACUGGACGGAGUGACCAAUGCUCUGGAUAACGUCGAUGCCCGUACCUACGUGGACCGCCGCUGCGUCUUCUUCCGCAAGCCCCUCCUUGAAAGUGGCACUCUCGGAACCAAGGGUAACACUCAGGUCAUCCUCCCCUUUAUUACCGAGUCCUACUCCAGCUCUCAGGAUCCUCCGGAGAAGUCUUUCCCCAUGUGUACCCUGAAGAGUUUCCCCAACCGCAUCGAGCAUACCAUUGCCUGGGCUCGCGAUCUCUUCCAGUCCUUCUUUGUUGGCCCGCCUGAGUCCGUCAACAUGUAUCUCUCGCAGGCCGACUACAUUGACCAGACACUCAAGCAAGCGGGUAACGAGAAGCAGACUUUGGAGCAUCUUCGUGACUUCUUGGUGACUGACAAGCCCCUGACUUUCGAUGACUGUAUUGUCUGGGCCCGACAGCAGUUCGAGUCCCAGUACAACAAUGCGAUCCAGCAGCUUUUGUACAACUUCCCCAAGGACUCCAAGACCUCUACUGGUCAGCCAUUCUGGUCCGGUCCCAAGCGUGCCCCGACCCCUCUGAAGUUUGACAGCUCGAACCCUACUCACAUUGGUUUUGUGAUUGCUGGUGCCAACCUGCACGCUUUCAACUACGGCAUUAAGAACCCCGGUGCGGACAAGAGCUAUUACAGCAAGGUUGUUGAUGAUAUGAUCAUUCCCGAAUUCACACCGAGCUCCGGUGUUAAGAUUCAGGCCAAUGAGAAUGACCCUGACCCCAACGCUCAGCCUGCCGGAGGCUCUAACGACAACGAUGAAAUUCAGAAGCUGGUAGAGACUCUGCCGUCAUCCAAGUCCCUUGCCGGUUUCCGUCUUCAGCCCGUCGAGUUUGAGAAGGAUGACGAUACCAACCACCAUAUCGACUUUAUAACCGCGGCCAGCAACCUCCGUGCUGAUAACUACGAUAUUCCCCAGGCUGAUCGUCACAAGACCAAGUUUAUUGCUGGAAAGAUUAUCCCCGCCAUCGCCACCGCCACUGCCCUAAUCACCGGUCUGGUGGCUCUGGAGCUGUUCAAGGUUGUGGAUGGCAAGGACGACAUCGAGCAGUACAAGAACGGAUUUAUCAACCUUGCACUUCCAUUCUUUGGCUUCAGUGAGCCUAUCGCUAGCCCCAAGGGCAAGUACCAGGGCAAGUCGGGUGAGGUCACAAUUGACCAACUGUGGGACCGCUUCGAGCUGCCGGACAUCACCCUCCGAGAGUUCAUUCAAGACUUUGCCGACAAGGGCUUGGAUAUCACUAUGGUUAGCUCUGGCGUGAGCUUGUUGUGGGCCAGUUUCUAUCCUCCCAGCAAAGUGAAGGACCGCCUUCCUCUGACAAUGAGCAAGCUUGUUGAACACGUCAGCAAGAAGCCGAUCCCUGAUCACCAAAAGAAUGUCAUUUUCGAGGUCACCGCUGAGGAUCAAACCGAGGAAGAUGUUGAGGUGCCCUCAUCUGCUGAUGUUCUGUUGCCUUCUUCGCUCGUCAGCGUUGCUCCGUCAAUCACGCCCGCUUCUUCGCACAGGAUUCUUAACUUACCAACCGUGCUUUUCCGCAUCACCACGAACUAUGGCUGUAGGAGAUUUACCCCUCACCACCCAAUUGACCUCAUUCUAAUGGUCUCGCAGACUGGAAAUAAAGAUAAGAUCACCGACUGGGUCAAUCCCAAUGAUAAGUCGGGCGAGUUCAAGCGGCAGCAGUCUGCGUUUCGCAAUUUCAUCUCUCGCGAGCCUGGCGCGCAGUUCCCCCCCGAGAAAGGCCGCUAUCAUCUCUACGUCUCCUAUGCUUGUCCAUGGGCUCAUCGUACCCUGAUCACCCGCAAGCUCAAGGGCCUGGAGGACAUCAUCUCCUUCUCCUCGGUGCACUGGCAUCUCGCUGAGAACGGAUGGCGCUUUGCGACUGCAGAUGAGAAACUCCCAGGAGAAAACACCAUCCCGGACCCUCUGCACCCAGACUUCACCCACCUGCGCGACAUUUACUUCUCUAAUGACCCGGACUACACCGGCCGCUUCACAGUCCCAGUCCUCUUUGACAAAAAGACGAACCUAAUCGUCAGCAACGAGAGCGCUGAAAUCAUCCGCAUGCUCUACUACGAAUUCGACAACCUUCUGCCCGCCGGAUUCAAAUCCAUCGACCUGUACCCCCAGAACCUACGCACCCAAAUUGACACCUCCAACGAAUGGAUCUACAACGACGUAAACAAUGGCGUCUACAAAUCUGGCUUCGCCACAACGCAAGAAGCCUAUGAAAAAGCCGUGACAACACUCUUCGGCUCCCUCGACAGAAUCGAAACUCACCUAUCCAAGCAAUCGUCGCCCUACUUCUUUGGCGACAGCAUCACUGAGGCCGACAUCCGUCUGUUCACAACGAUCAUCCGCUUCGAUCCUGUCUACGUCCAGCACUUUAAGUGUAACCUGAAGGAUAUCCGCUCUGGGUACCCGGCUAUCCAUAAGUGGGUUAAGGAGCUUUAUUGGGGUUCUCCGGCGUUUGGGGAGACGACGGACUUUGAGCAUAUUAAGAAGCAUUAUACGAAGAGUCAUAAGCAGAUCAAUGUGUUUGGGAUUACGCCUUUGGGACCGGUGCCGGAUAUUUUGCCUAAGGAUGAGGAGGUUCGGGCUGCUCAGGCUUGA